CCGGCAAUGUCACCGCUUCCAACCCAAUGAAACGUCCUUCUCCUGAACCAAUCUCCGAACCCAAGUCCAAAAAGCCUUUACUUGACAACCACCACAACUCUCUCUCUGGCUUUUCCAAGCUCUCUCUUCCACAGCUUGACCGCUCUGCUUCUGACCCUUAUAGCCCUCCAAAAGCUAACCUUUCAGAGAAUGCAAAGGCGUUGGAAGAUACCCCAUUGUCAAAGGGAAGUGCUUCUUGUUUUGCAUUGCCUCCAAAGGCCCCUGCUUUAAGCAGUUCAAGAUCUAAUCCCAUUAUUUUAUCUCCUGUUAACUCCUCAAAGUCUUCAAGCUCCAACGAGAUGGGGAUGGAAUUGAUCAAGGAAGAGAGUCCCGGUGCCAAGAGAUUGAUGAGAAUGAGGGAGCGGAUGAAAGAGAUGGGACAAUGGUGGGAUGAGGCUAUGCGAGAAGUUGAAGAUGUGUGCACCACUGAGGCAAUAAAGGUUUGCUUUCCUAAUUUCUUAGGAUCAUGCAUACCAAUUGCUGUUUGAUUGCAAAGAAAAUGGUACAAAGAAAUAGAACUUUUGAUUCUUGUAUUUAUUCUGAAACAAAUUGAGAUGGUUGGUUUUUAUCAAUUUAGUUUGCAUUUGGUGAGUGGUGUUGACAUGUCAAAUUUGUUGCUACAGAGUAAUGGAGAGAUGGACUGUGAAGAAGCAGUGAGAGUGGAGAAAAUUGGGGAAUGUUUGGACCUUCAUUUCAAGUGCCCUUGUGGGAAAGGCUAUAAAAUUCUUCUGUCUGGAA